AUGUCUGCGGGCAGUCGAGUCGCUCAUACUUUUGAGCUGCUUGAGAGCAUCCUUCUGAUGCUGGCUGAAACCGAAGACUUAUGCGCGCCAGGUUUUCGAGGGUGUUACAACAACGACGAAGCCCAGCUACGCCUUCGUACGGUCCUCCUAAGUCAGCGCGUCAGCGAAGUAUUCCAGCAGACAAUCGCUUCUUCCAAAUCUUUGCAGGAGGCACUGUUCUUCAAAACCAAAGCCUUCAAUCCUGCUAGAUGGCAAAUCACACAGCAUAAUCCGCUGAGACCUACCAAGCAGCGGCCAUACGGCGCUCUCAAGCUAGGUUACGAGGCGUGCGUCGUCAACUGGGGACGGCAAAAGUCAGAGAUCUGUCCGAUGAUGACGAUGAGGAUCAGCUUUCAAAAGAAUGAGGGCUCAGCUCUGCGGCAGAAUCCAUCAAUCACGCCUUCUUGGAUGCGAAUGUACUGGUGGAAUGCUCCGUUCCAGGUCGUCGAGCUUCAAGGCCACAACUACAGCAAUCCCAAUGUGGGUUUCUUCUCCAGAGAGGAGAGAUGCAGUCCGACAUUUGGCGAGCUAUACGAGGCUGUCAUCGGAGGAGCACAGCGGACGCGCGAUCCAGAACAGGAUUUUGAAGAGCAAUCUCUACUCGCUGUCCGUGCGUUCAGGUAUACUCGGGCGAGCCAUACAACUCGCAACAGCGCAGAAUCUAAUGGUUCGCGCAAUGUCGUACUUCUACACAACUUCAUACACAAAUCCUCCCGAUCACGACUCCUCCUACAUACCCAUCACUAUCCUCUCACGGAUCUGUUAUCCUCAUCCCAUUUCCUCGACUGCGCACAGACCUACUUCACUUGUUGGCUUGUCGAAGCUUUGCAAUUUUUCUACUACUCUCAUCCAAUAUCUCUGGCCAAGGUCAUAAGCAAUGCGACCAUCGCCGCCUCAUCUACCGGUAAUCAAGCCGCUGCAAUUCCAGACCUUCUCGAGCAGAUUCUACUGGCUCUAUCUAGCCGAGGGAGACCUGUCACGAGAUUCAUCGCAAGCGGGAGCUCAGGAUCACGUUACAGAGCUGUGGUCGAAUGGUAUGAGAAUUUGCAGGGGAACGAUGGAGUGAAGAACUCACUGGAACGUCAAGGAAGUGGUGUGCUCAUCAUCCCGGUUUCAGCGCAGGACUAG